CCUCCUCGGGCCGCGCCGGGUCCGCCCCGCACUGCGCAUGAGCGGGAGCCCGGCGAGCCCGUGAGAGGAGCCGCCGCCGCCGCCGCCGUCCAUUCGCUGCGGAGCCGGAGGAGGAGGGGAGAGGCCUGGAGGACACCAACAUGAACAAGUUGAAAUCAUCGCAGAAGGAUAAAGUUCGUCAGUUUAUGAUCUUCACACAAUCUAGUGAAAAAACAGCAGUAAGUUGUCUGUCUCAAAAUGACUGGAAGUUAGAUGUUGCAACAGACAAUUUUUUCCAAAAUCCUGAACUUUAUAUACGAGAGAGUGUAAAAGGAUCAUUGGACAGGAAGAAGUUAGAACAACUAUACAAUAGAUACAAAGAUCCUCAAGAUGAAAAUAAAAUUGGGAUAGAUGGUAUACAGCAGUUCUGUGAUGACCUGGCACUCGACCCAGCCAGCAUCAGUGUAUUGAUCAUUGCAUGGAAAUUCAGAGCAGCAACACAGUGUGAGUUCUCCAAACAGGAGUUCAUGGACGGCAUGACAGAAUUAGGAUGUGACAGCAUAGAAAAACUAAAGGCCCAGAUACCCAAGAUGGAACAAGAAUUGAAAGAACCAGGACGAUUUAAGGAUUUUUACCAGUUUACUUUUAAUUUUGCAAAGAAUCCAGGACAAAAAGGAUUAGCAAUGAAUGAGAGUUCCUGUUGCUUCACAUCUUCGCCAGCAUUUGGUGUUGUCAGUGUUUGGAUUUGGGCCAUUGCAAAAGAUCUAGAAAUGGCCAUUGCGUACUGGAAUUUAGUGCUUAAUGGAAGAUUUAAAUUCUUAGACUUAUGGAAUACAUUUUUGUUGGAACAUCAUAAACGAUCAAUACCGAAAGAUACUUGGAAUCUUCUUUUAGACUUCAGUACAAUGAUUGCAGAUGACAUGUCUAAUUAUGAUGAAGAAGGAGCGUGGCCUGUUCUUAUUGAUGACUUUGUGGAAUUUGCACGCCCUCAAAUUGCUGGGACAAAAAGUACAACAGUGUAGCACUAAAGGAACCUUCUAGAAUGUACAUAGUCUGUACAAUAAAUACAACAGAAAAUUGCACAGUCAAUUUCUGCUGGCUGGACUGAACUGAAGAUCAAUCCUCACAAUUCAAGACUGAGGGUUGAGACAAAACUUUAAGGAUACAUCUUGGACCAUAUCGUAUUUCAUUCUUCUAAUGGUGGUUUGGGCUUGUCUUCUAGUCUGGGCCACUCUAAACAUUUAUAAUUCCAACAUUGUGGAUUUCAUCUAUCUGUGGACCAUCCUAGUUUAUCCUCCCAUAAGUCUUAGAAGCUUUAUGGUGAUUAUUUUGAGGUUUCCAUUCUUGCAUAAAGCACAAUGCUGUCUUCAUCAGGAAACAGUUUGGCAUAAAAAUUAAAUGUAUGAACAUCACAAACAAUUUAUAAAAACUUCUUAAAUAUAUGCUUUGGGCUAGUUGCAAAGACUAUGCUAAUAGCACUUCCAAUGAGAGGGAUAUAUUUAAGUGUACUGGAUCUGCAAUGAUGUCUUGGUUUGGGGGAUUUUUUUUCUGGCAAAUCACAUGUAGUGUUGAUAUGAGUAGAGAAUCUGAUGAAAAAAAUGUCAAAAUAACCAAGGUGAAAAAUUUUUAGGAUAACUUGGUGUGCUUACCUGGAAAUUUAUUGUUUCAGACCCUCAAUUUCAAAAGGUUCCACAGAACUAGUUCUGCACUUAUCUCACCAUGUUUAUGUGUAGUCCUACAGGGAGCUUUUAUUUAGAAAAUGUCUGCAUAAUGGUAGAUUCUACCCAUCUACAUUAUGCACUACAUAAUUGGAUUUCAUUAUGAUUUUGAAAUGCUUAUAUGCCUGUUGAAUAAGUUAAACUAUUUAAUUUGUUUUAUGUUUUAGACUGCUACACAAUACAGUAUAUAAAUUUAGGCAUGAGGGUUAUUUUAUUUUUUUUGUUUUUUUGUCAGCGCACUAUGGAACACAAAUGAAAUUCUUUUAAUUUAUAAGAAGAUAGUUAGGAAUUAAAUUUUGAAAAUGGUCGUAAUGAGCCAUGAUGUUCAAUCCUAUAGGUACUGCUUUCAGACAUAUAGUCCAUUUUUGAUGACUUCUUAUUUUGUUGAAACUGCUUUAACUGCUAAUCACUGUGGUUGCCAAAUAUUUCAGGAGCAAACAUUUUCAAGCAAGCAUGCACUCGAUGCAAGUAUCAAUUUGGCUUUUAUUUUCAUAAAUUAUUUUGUCUCUUUACUGUUUUUGUUUCACUCCUGUUUAGCUCAGUUUUCACAUAAAAGCAGAAUUGUAUCUUGUAUUUUUUUGUUGUUACAAGACCCAUGAACUGCUUUCAUGCUGAAAAUGCUCAUGUCUCUGUUCACUUCUUCAACAGGCAAAGAAGGGUUUAUUGCUUUCUUAAACAUUUCUGAAUGGCAGGUUAAAAAAUGUAAAACUUUACUGCUGAGUAUGGUCUUUAGCGGGAAUAGAUUUUGCGUGGUGUGUCCAGGCAUUUUCAAAGGUCUGAUGUUGACAUCAAAGGAAUGUACUUCAUAAUAGCAGUACAUUUUAUUUAGGUGUGGAAGUGAUUUUAAGAAACAAUGACAUAUUAAAAUGACUUUUUAUUUACGUGAUUCUGAAACUGACUAGAAAGUUUUCUCCAUAGGUAUUAUAUUAAUAUUCCAAUCAUAACUUAAAUUCAGGAAUACAGUUCUACCAAAAGGAAAAUUCUAUUCAGGUUACUGGAAUUGGUUAUUAAAAAAAAAAAAAUCUGCUGCUUUCAGUAUUUCCUGAUUUCAUAUUUGUAAAUAUGAAGAGGAAUUUCAAUUAUGAAAAAUUUAAAAAGAUAUAUAUGUGCUAUUGUUUCUUGUCUUGCAGAUCUUGAGUUAUAGUAUUGUUUUCAGAUUGAUUAAUUUGAGUAUGCUGUUUUGAAAUGAGACGCCAUUAGCUUUUCUUUUCCAGUAUAAAUUGUUUAAGAAAGUCUGAUAUUGGUUCAUGGCCUAGUGCCUUGGUUUUACAGACUUUUCCUUUUAAGUGCAAGACCUUUUCAACAAAAUAGUGUUUGUCAUCAGUUUGGUACUAAACAUUUAUAAUUACUGUGUAAUUAUAAACAAAAAUACAUAAAGCUUUGAAUAUAAUUAUGUAGCAUAAAAGUUAAGGUUGUUCACUCUAUGAUGGCAUCUUAGAAUUAAACAAUACUAUUACUAGGGCUGAAAAGAAGACUGGUUCAAUGUGGUGUGAUUAUUCUGAGGAUAAAUGUCUGGUUACAGGGAAUAUUUUGUACUGAAAAAUGCUUUUCACAUAUGGCUGGGUGUGUGAGUAUGUGUAAGUGUGUGUCUGUGAGAGAGAUUGACAGAGGUUGAAAGAGACACAUGCUCACACACAAUUUUAAUUGCUUUAAUUCAUUUACUGUUUUCUCAGUCUUCAUUCUGGUAAAUUCCCCAUGCUGAUUAUUAUUUUGUUUUAAACUGAACCGCAGGUACAGUUUCCUUUUUUGCCAAAUGUCACAACAGGUACACAUUUUAAAAUGUAAUGCUUUUAAAAUAGAAAGUGUAUAAAAUUAGAAGUACCCACAUAUAAAAAUACUUGAGGUCAAGAUUAUCUUUAGUGACUAUCAUCUGCAUAUCUCUGUAAGUUCAACUGUGUUUCUUACAAUCCCUGUCAUACUACCAACAGAGGCAAUAAAAGCUUCAGUGAAAUUGCCAUGACUAAAUCUUUUCACAUAUUAUUUCAGUGUAAUAUUUUUAAAGACUAAAAUAUACUGAAAACUUUUCCAGGAAGAGUAAUUAUUCAUGGAAAGAGCAUUGUAAUGGCAAGUUCUGGGGAGAAAAGACAUGCCAAGUCUUGUUUACUACAUUUAAAUGUUUACAACUAUACUGGGCUGCUUUACCUAAUUAACAGUACUGUAGUUGUGUAAUAUGGAAUUGUAAGUAUUGUGUUCUUCAUUAGACUUUUAAAAAGUUUUAAUGAGAGAAAGUAAACAAUAAAAUAACAUGGAAAAUCUUUUAUAUAAUAUCCUUACUGGGGAAUUCUUAUUUAAGCAAGGUAUACUAUUUUUUUUUUCCUCAGAAAGAUUUAAGUGAAUGAAGUAUUCUUCUAUUUCUUAUUUGAUGAUAAUCAAGAAGUUUGAGUAGUUAUAGCUAGUUUAACAUGCACUUUGCUUAAGUUUUUUUUUUAACAGGUUACCAUUAAGAUUACAUAUUGUAAACUGUAACUUCUGCAUAUGAAUGACAGGAGAAGGUUAAAUCUAAUUAAAAAAAUUUGGCGUAAAAAAGGAAAGUGGUGCUGGGGAGACUUACUAUAGUUCACAAAGUAUGCCUUUGUAAAUCUGAGUCACUUUUAGCAAGAAUUAAUUUAUGUAGUUCUAAAUGUUAAAUUGUGUAUAUUUAACAGAAAAUAACUUGGCAGCUCAGCAGUUUUAAAUGUUACUUUAUACUUUUAACAAUAUUGAUUUAUAUUGAAUACAUAGAUGUUUUGAUAAGAUUUUAUCAAAUUUGAUAAUGUAAUGAAAAUGUUUUUAAAAUGUGAACUAUUUAACAUCUUAAUAAUUGAGGACAACAAUACAUGAAUUUGUGAUUACAUAAUGUGAUAAUUAGGGUUCAAAUUAUGGCUCAUUUGAUUAUAAACAAGUGUAUUUCUCAACUCUUUAUUUGCCUCCAUUUUUACAAUCAUAUCAAUAAUUAUUUUUACUUUAUAGAAAUGUGGUGAAGUUAUAUAUCUUGAUAUCUUUAUCUUUGAUUUCUGAGGGCAAGGGGUUUAUAUUUUAUAGUUCAGAUAAAUUUGAAAUUUUGUAAUAGUACAAGUCCCCUUUUCCAGGGUUAUCCUUAUUAUUUGUUGCCAUUUUGGUUGAAUAUUUGUUUGUUUUGUACCUGAUUUUGGAGGCAGAUAGUGCUGAUUUUUAGAACUCCUAAUAGAGUUACAUAAUGGUUUUACCAGAACAUUCUUGACAUCUUACCUUCUUUACUGCCUGUUGGGCAAUUGGCAUAUCCUACGGACCAACUCAUUCAUUUGACAACUUCAUUAUACCCAGUGUUUUGUGUAAUUAUGGCUUUUGGCUUUGAUCCUUUUUAAACUGUUAAAUAAGGAAAUUAUGAUAAAAAGGUGCAUAACCUUUGUAGUAGACAGAAUUCCUAAAAAGUAGUCUUAAUUUACAGAGUUUAAAGACAUUAUUUUGGGAAUCAUUUUAUAAUUACCCACUUUAAAAAUAGAGAUUCUAAAAAGAGUUUUUAUUUAUACCAAGUUUUUCUUGCAAGUAUUGCUGAGGUAUUUUCAGUUUAAUUUUUUUGUAUUUGUGCUGUGCAGAAAUCAGUGUAGCUUGUAACGUAGAGCAUUGGAUUUCAAGCCAUACCUUGAGGCUCCUGUAUUCCAUGAGAUUGGGCCAUGGCUGGCAGGUCUUUCCUUCCAUUCCCUCUAAAGCUUUUUACUUAACUUGUGUAGGUUAUUGGCAUUUCACAUGAGAUUUGGUUUUGGGAAAAAUGUUAGGUUAAACUUUUUUUUAAAUAGCUGCCUCAGAGGGAACAUUACCAUGGCAGAUCUUUUAGUGAAAUGGAAAGAGAUGCAGUCAGACUGAAAUAAAAGGAGGUCAUAGAAGGCAGCACUACUUUGGAAAGAAGAAUUUUGACAAAAUAGUGAAAGCAAAGCUUGAUCUGAGACAAUGAAGACUUUGACAUUUAUACGAGGCAACAUGUUAGUGGCUUAAUGACCAAAUAAAACAAGGGAUAAUACUCAUUUUAUGUUUAGAAAGUAUGCAUAUAGAUGCAUGUUCAAUAUAAAUACUUCCAAUUUUAUUUCAGGUUAUGAAAUACUCUAAGAAAACUUUGUAUCUAAUGGAAAAAUUGGGCAAUACCAAGCAAGAGAUUUUUAUGAAAAGGAACAAUAUAGGGCAUAAGUUUAGGGGAAAACAAAAUGGCUAAGAGAAAAUGCUAAUAAUAUAAGCUGUAGACCAUUAUUUUGUCACAUAGUUACAUGACACAUAGCUAAAAGAAUAAUAUUUUAUCCAUAAGGUUUAGAAAUGUAAUUGGAACCCUUUAAAAAUAGCAUGUUUAGUUUUUAAGCAAAUGCUAAUAUUCUCAAUUCUGAUAGAAUGCAUUGUAUUGAAAUUACAUGAAAUGAAUAGGCUGUCAACCAGAGCUUUAAAAUAGUUAUUCCUCAGAUUCUGUUGUAAUGGUACUUAAGUAACUUAAUUAUAGUUUUCACAUCAUAAAACUCAUUGAAGUGUACAAAUAAAUGGUUUCAGUAAAUUUA